AUCAUCAUCAUCAUCAUCAUCAUGGAGACGUUAUACAUCGUCGGUGGACUAGUGGUCCUCGUGGCUCUAAUAGCCUUGAUCGAUGUCUCCCCGCAACUACAGCUACCACCACCACCACCACCCUCAGGUGUAUGUUCACCAUCAGAUUCGCCCUAUGUACCUACUUUCUCGCAGCAAGGGUCAUCCCACCAGCCAUCCCAACCCCAGCUCCCGUCUCCACGUCCAGCAAACCGAUAUCCCCAGACCCCUUCAAAAUAUUAUACACUUCAAGCGUCUGGGAGUUCGCAGCCCUCGCCGUAUCAGCCUCCUCCGCCGAGCGCACAAUACCUCCCAUCAGCCACCACCCCCCUUUUAUCUCGUCCUGCCUCGGUGCCCAAGCCCGUCUGUUACACCCCUCAGCAGCCAUGUCGUCCUGUCGCAAGAGUACCACUAGUAGUGCCUGUGGUGAUCGACUCCCAUGAACGUUCUGCUGCAAAAGCGCCGGAGGUACCUGUAGCGCGUGUAGUAAUCGACCCUCACGAAGACCCCAAGUCUCUUCGUCUCAAAGCCGUACAGGAGGGAAAUCGGAUGGGGAAAUACUUCAAGGAGAGGAACGAAGCGAAAGCUAGGAAUGACCAACAGCGUAUUAAAGAGCUUACUCAGAAGGGUGAGGCACACAGAGCAAACAUGAUACUUCUGGACAAGGAAGCCAGCGCAAAGAUAUUCCAAGAGAAUAACCAAAACCGCAGAAAUGAAGUUGAUCUCCACGGACUCUACGUCGCAGAAGCCAAAACUUAUUUCGACACUUCUGUUCAAGCAGCUUGGGACCGUGGAGAAUCAUCGCUUCGUGUGAUCGUAGGAAAGGGAAAUCACUCCGACAACAACAUCCCGAAGAUCAAACCUGCAAUCCAGACUCACGGGGAAAGUUUGGGAUUGUCGAUUGAAGUGGACCCUCGCAAUGAAGGCUGCCUUAUUGUAAGUCUUAAGUGAACUCACUGAAUGCCGAUUUUCCUGUGAUCUCCCUCGGAACUCGGGUACAUAAACUACUGCCCGCCUCUUUUCAUACCAAAGUCUGCUUGAGUGGGGAAAUGUACUACAAUUACAUAACCAAUGUAAAUUCUGACAACAAAUUCAAUAAUUAAUUACUGUACCGGC